CUCGCCAGUUGGUAUCGAGGCUCCGAGGUGGUGGGCGGAGGGGACGUGGGCGGCGGCGUGUGGGUCGUGGGCGGAUCGUUGGUGCUGGAACGGGCGGACACUUCCCACGCUGGUCAGUACUCCUGCGUGGCCAACAACACCGCGGGCCAGGCCAGGAUGCCCGUCCACCUGCAGGUCAUUGUUCCCCUGUCGGUCCAGGUCACACCGCGCCAGGUUCAGGUGGACGCUGGGGGACGCCUGGAGCUCAAGUGCCACGUGUCGGGGUCCCCUGUGGAGGCUGUCGUCUGGUACAAGGACGGCACGGAGGUCAGGCCGGAGGGGCGAGUAAGCCUGAGACCCCGCGACACCUUGCGAAUAGCGCCCGUUGUGGCUUCCGACGCAGGCCUGUACCAGUGCGGUCGCCACCCACUCCCACCCAAUACGCCCACGCACACGCCCACGUCACCCUUGGAGCCGCUCCUCCGCAGCUGCUGUACCGCUUUAUUGAGCAGACGUUGCAGCCUGGCCCAGCAGUGUCCCUCAAGUGUAUAGCAGCAGGCACCCCCACGCCACACAUCACGUGGGCCCUCGAUGGAUUCCCUCUGCCACACUCACACAGACUAGUGAAGGGACAGUACGUAUCAGCAGAAGGAGACGUCAUCAGCCACGUGAACAUUAGCUCCGUGCACGUGGCGGACGGCGGCGCCUACACGUGCACGGCCGCGAACAGUGCCGGUGAGGCCUCGCACGUGGCACGCCUCAAUGUGUACGGACCGCCCCAGGUCCGCCCCAUGGGUCAGCAGACGGCCGUGGCGGGGAGGACCUUCAUCAUAGCGUGUCCUGCGUCGGGGCACCCCAUCCACAGCAUCACGUGGAUCAAAGACGGGUCUCCGCUGCCCAGGAAUUACCGGCAGCGAGUGUUGGCGAACGGGACGCUGGUUGUGCAGGAGGUGACUCGCGGAGCUGAUGAUGGCCGCUACUCUUGCACCGCCUCCUCCAGAACAGGCCGUUCUGAUACUCAGAGUCUGCAGCUGCGUGUCUUGGUGCCUCCUAGCCUGGCGCCGCUCACCUUCCCGAGGGGCACACGAGCCGGGAUGCAGAUCCGAGCCACGUGUCUGGUCCAGGAGGGUGACCAGCCAGUGCGCUACGCCUGGACCAAGGACGCCCGCCCACUAGACGCUCGCUUGGGUGUUCGAACCUCGCAGCUGGAUGCGUUCACUUCCAUCUUGGUGAUAGAACGCGCAGCAGCAGAGCACUCUGGGAAUUACACCUGCACUGCUUCCAACGCCGCCGCUGCCUCUGCCACCACGGCUCGCCUCACUGUUAAUGUGCCGCCUACCUGGGUGGUGGAGCCCAGUAGCACCAGUGUGGCCCUGGGAGGCAGCCUGGCACUCCACUGCCUGGCGCGGGGAUUUCCUGAUCCAGUCGUCACGUGGCGCAGACAGGCAGCAUCAGGAGAGUUUGUUGGUGUGGUGGAGGGCACAGGAUCAGGAGAGAGCAGCAUUGUGCAGUGGAAGAACGGAACCUUGUGGAUUGGGAGGUCAGCACGAGGCCACGAGGGGCGAUACCUGUGUGAGGCGGGCAAUGGCGUUCCACCAGGACUCUCCAAGCUGGUUGACAUCACAGUAAAUGAACCGCCAUGGUUUCGAGCAACUGAGCAACGGCAGGAGGUGCGUGUGGGCGGCACUGCGACCCUCACCUGUCACGCUCAUGGAGACGCCCCCCUCACUCUCACCUGGAGCAAGGAUGCUGUGCCCCUUUCUCCACUUCCUAGGUAUCAGGUAUCUCAACAUGAGGAGCAGGAUCAGGGCGGCACCAUUUCGAAGCUGGUGGUGACCGAUGCUCAUCUUGAGGAUUCUGGCACUUUCAGCUGCACUGCAUCAAACACUCAUGGAGUUCGCACAUCACAACUUCACUUAUUAGUUCAAGAUGUGCCUGGACACCCGUCGGGCAUUGAGGUGGUGGAGGUGGGACCUCAACACUUGGUGCUCACCUGGACUUCCCCUCAGGACUCCAAUGCCCCCAUAACUGCAUACAUUAUCACUCUUGAGCCUCAAUCACCCAGUGCUGGAGCUGGUGCUGCUCGAGAGGAGCGAGUUGGAGGCCAGGAGAGGAGACUUGUGCUCAAAGACCUCACUCCAGCUACCCGGUACAGCCUCAGGGUUGCAGCAGAGAAUCGUGUAGGUCGAGGAAGAUCAUCUCCACCUGUCUUGGGAAGCACUGAGGAGCAGCCACCCUCAGCUCCCCCUCGGGAUGUGAGGGUGAUGGCAGUGUCUUCAUCAGCACUGCGAGUCAGCUGGGAGCCACCACCUCACAAUUCCACACAUGGAACCCUGCUUGGUUACCAUUUGGGAUAUAAGUUGGCCAGUGAUGCUGAAGGGGCCUACAACUUCACACGUGUAGGAGGAGUGGGUAGCAUAGGUGUCACCAGUGCCCGGUUGUCUGGCCUCAGCCCACACUCCCACUACUCGGUGGUUCUUCGGGCUUUCAACUCCAAAGGCACAGGACCCACCUCCCCACCAGCUACUGCCAUCACCCUUGAAGAUAAGCCCAGUGCCCCUCCUGGCCAAGUGAGGUGUGAUGGGGUGUCUUCAUCUAGUCUUGUUGUGACUUGGAUGCCACCUCCACCUUCUGAAAGGAAUGGUGUUGUGACCAGCUACCGGGUGGCUUUCUGGAAAACAGCAGCAACGGAAGACAGCAGCGAGGAAGCAGCUAUGAUGUCAAAAGACCUGCGGGCUCAGCUAGAUAACCUGAGACCAUGGAUGAACUAUUCUGUGACUGUGGCAGCCUCAACCAGAGCAGGGCAAGGAGUGGCCUCAACACCACUGAUCUGUACCACACAUCAGGAUGUUCCUGAAGCACUGACAAUGGUGAAGGCUGUGGCAUCUGGUCCAAGAGCUGCUGUAGUGUCCUGGGCACCUCCCACACAUCCUCAUGGCCGUCUUACACGCUACACUGUGUACUGGAAGGCCAUGGGCACUGGCACUGGGGGAGAAAUCAGUCGACGUGUAGAUCCGCAGUUAACCCAUGUGACCCUUCAUGAUUUAUCCCAUGUUGCUCAUAAGGUUUGGGUAACAGCAGCCACAAGGAAGGGUGAGGGGCCACCAAGCAGUGUGGUGAUGGUCAAACCUUCACACUCAGUGGCAGCCGGUGUGUGGUCUGUUGGUGGGAAUGUGACAGCAGCAUGGAGGGAGGAUGUGAGUCUGCCGUGUGGGGCUGUGGGCAUGCCAGAACCCACCUUGGUGUGGACUCAUGAUGGGGUUCCUGUUCACACCAACAAGGACAGAGCAGUGGUACAGCGGGAUGGAACGCUCAGCCUCAGUGAUCUGCAAAGGGACGAUGGGGGCCUCUACACUUGCACUGCCACUAAUCGCCAUGGUCAUGACUCAGCCUUGUAUCACCUCAAUGUUUUAGUGCCACCAUCACCACCAUCUCUACAUGUCAUAGAGACUACUACAUCCUCAGUCAGGGUGCAGUGGAAUGUAGAGGACACAGGAGGUGCCACAAUACAGGGAUCAUCAUUACACUACAGGGUGGCAGGUGACCAGUGGACACAGGUUGCAGUGACAGGAGACCAGCGAACCUAUACAACUCACAAUUUGCAGUGUGGCUCACUGCAUCACUUCUAUGUAACAGUGCACAACCAUGUUGGGAGGAGUGAGCCCUCAAAGACAGAGUCUGCACGCACCAAAGGGCGGCCUCCUCAAAGUCCUCCAAAGUUUCAGUUUGUUACAACGAACAGCUCUCAGGCAACCUUGUACCUUAGCCAGUGGAUUGAUGGUGGCUGUCCCAUCACUCACUUCAGUGUUGAGUACAGGAAGGAGUCAGUCACCACCUGGACAACAGUUGGCACAGAGAUCCCACCCACAAGAACCUAUUCCCUGGGUGGCCUGGAGCCAGGCAAUCGCUACAUGCUGAGGGUCACUGCCCAUAACACUGCUGGGUUUGCUCCUGCUGAGUACAGCAUCACCACACCUUCCCUUGGUCACUCUGUUGCUGCUGACUCUGGUGUUAGCGUGUGGGGUGGGGCACCAUCCACUUCCUCAGCAUGGCAAGAACUACGAGUAGUGGUACCUGCGGCUGUCUCUACCCUCACCCUGCUCCUGACUCUCACCACAGUCUUUGUCUGCCUCAGGAAAAGAUCCCCAGCCAGAACACAUCAAAAGGGAUCUCCUGAAACUGUGAUUGGCACCACAGAAAAGAUUGGUCCUCAAGAGGAACUCUACACAACUGUGAGGCGACCAGCACCUUCUCCACCUCAGCAGCAACAGCAACAGCCACAACAGCAACAGCAGCAAGAAUCAAGAGAGGCUCAAGGUGAUUACCCCCGAGAUGAAUUGUAUCACUAUGCUGCAGCGACAUAUCGGGUGGGUAAUGGUACCCCACCCCCUCCUGCACCUCCCUCCCCUCCAACACAUGCCCACCGCCCACUCUCCAGAGGCCAGAAGGCAUUCACAGCUCUUGUCUACCAAGCACCUUCUCUCCAUGAUGUUGACUGCCCCAACCUGGCUGAGGGUGAGGGACGUGUGCCAUGGCCCAGGGCUUCACCUCCCCAUGGGCCUGCAGGGGUGGCAGACUCCCAAAGUGAAGGUUACGGUAGCCUCAUGAGUCCCAGAGGCCCAUCUCCCCCCGCCCCUGGGGCCCCGCACCACCGCCACCCUGCCAAGCAUCCCAGGGGACCCAGAACCUGCGUGCGGAAUGUGCGCUUCCCGUAGUUGUUCCCUGGGUCAUGCCUCCCAGAGGUGUUUCCUUGCCAUGAGCUGACAGAACAAAAACAACAAUGAGGCAGCCAGAAUGUGAAAGGAACAAGAAAUCAUACAGACUCACACUACCACCACCACAUUUUCCACUGCUAUCAUAACUGACAAUAGUGGUAACCUUUAUUACUACUACUACUACUACUAGUACUGCCACUAUCAUUUGUGCUACUACCUUCAAUAUUUGUUUGUUUUUUGUCAUAUACAUGAACACAAACAGUGCAACAAUCAAACUUACCAUUAUGAAGUAACACAAAGAUCAGUGCACAACCUCACUGACACUCACCAGCCAGCCAGGGAGGCGCUUAAGUGGACCACACUUCAGUGUUCGAAGCCCAGACCUUUUAUAUUCCAUACAUUUUAAAGCAUAGUUCUGCCAUUUAACUAUCAACAUGAUUUAUACAAGAAACUUAUAUAAGUUCUAACAUCUAAUCAGUAUAAGAUCUUUAAUGCAUAUGUUGUUUAGCCAAGAGCAAUAGUGAAGCUGUCAUCAGUUACUGAAAUUUGUUUGUUUUGUAUAAUGAUUAUUCAACACUUAAAUGGAUUUAACCAAGAUAGCCCUCAUGAAUGCCCCUUGCUUGCUGUUCUUUAUUGCAUCUCAUGUUUUUUUUUCUCUCAGUCUAUGGCAUCAUGUGUCUUUUUGAAGAACAUGCAAUGAAAAACUGCAUAUUUAAGUUUAUCAUAGCUUUACAAGGUGAUAGUACUAACAUCAUAUUUGUCUGUUUUAUUUCAGAUCUUUAACACAUGGAAUAUGUUCCUUAUAGAAGCUUUCUUCCUAAAUUUAAGAGGUGUUAUGUUAACUCAGUGCAUUAUUCAGGAAAUCUUAUUUCACUCCAUGCUACUUCACUGCUGUUCACCGAUGUUUGUUCAUGUGUCACUUGGUUGUAAGUGUUAGAUGAUGUCACCCAUAAGAAGACAGUUAUUGGUUCAAACAGCAGUCAUAAUGUAAGGCAGUGGAAUACUGUGAGGAAUGACAGGCAGUGAGUCCAUUGUGGUGUCUGGUCAGGGUGAGUCAAACUGAUCCAUUGGCUGAUUGUGGCAGGUAUCAGCCAAACAAUACAAGAUGUAUAUACAAUUCUUGAUAUCAGUAUUUGAUCUCAAUUAUUAUUAGUUUUCUUGCUUUAUGUGUAAGAAUCUUGAAGUACUGUUUGUUAUAUGUCACAAAUUAUAAAGUCUGCAACCAUCAUGUGUGAUACUUGUGUGGUUUAUGUAUAUUGACUCUAGCCUUUUGUGCUGCAAAGAGGUGGGUGAGAUGAUGAGGCAUCUGGACCAAUGCUCCAGGCAGCACCAGGCUGUCACCUUGUCUUACUGUAAUUCUUCACAGUGUGAUGUUAUUAAAUCGUAUGCAGAAUUUAUUAGAAAAAUUAUGUAACUUGUACUUUGAAAAAUAUAUUGAAAAUCAUGUUUUCCCUUAAUUGUACUAGAUCUCAAUAAAAUGUCAUUUUUGACAUUAUUACUUACAA